AUGUUUGAAGAUGACUUGUACGACAACAGUCGCCUACUGCUCAACUGCAUUCUCGUCCGAAAAGCAAUCACGUCGGACAAGUUGGCCGUUCAACUGGAAAUUACAGCUUUCAUCGAUGCAAUGGCAACCCCGUCGGCAAAGGCGCGAUUGUUUAUCGAAGAAUGUGUUAGCCCCAUGACAUACUGGCAUCAAGUUGGCGCUACCAAGUUCCCUAUUCUGUUCGUCAUCGCCCAAAUCGUGUUCAGCGUUCCGACGUCACAAGCUGCAUCAGAGCGCGUUUGGAGCAUUUACGACUUUAUCCUCACAAAAUGCCGAGCCCGACUGAGCCCCGAAAAGGUGACAAAGCUCGUGGAAUUGUAUAUGAACGCGUACACUUGUACAACUGGAAAUCUGGUGAGCGUCAUGAUGGGAGAAGAAAGAGACGGAGGCGCCAGUGAUACUGAUGAAGAGUCAAAGGAGUAA